AUGAGUAAAAAACUAUCAACCCGUACUCGUAAAUUUCUUAGAUCAGAUGCCACCCGCUUGUCACCUGAAGCCAUUGAAGAAAUCAGAAAUACUCAGAAUAAUAUUCCAAAUACUCGACAUAUUAUAUAUAAAAAACAUCAUAUAGAGGCAACAACAUAUCAAAAAAUCAUUGAUAAUCAAAGGUCUCCUAAACCGACUGAGAAGUGGCAUAAAAUUUUAGAAUCUGUUAGCAUUUCUGAUCAGAUUUUAGAAAAUAACCAGGAAUCUUUACAGCCAGUAAGUACUGAGCAUGAUACCUCUUUUUCUAAUAUACAAGAAGAUGAGAUCAUUUAUAUAGAGCACCCUGGAGAUGAUAAAGAUAAUGCAAAUUUUCAUAUAAAGCUGAAUAUAGUAACUAGUGAAUCUUCUCCAGUGGAAAAAAAUAGAAUAACCAAUUCUUCUAAAGACAAUACAUCUAGAUGGAAAUCUGAUCUUGAAAAAUUAAUGAAAGAUACUAAAAAAUUAGCUCCUAUUCUUUCAUCUUUGUUUCAGUAA